AUGGCCGCAGUCCCGCCCUUCCCGUCGGCCGCCAUGGUCGACUUCCCCUCGUCCUCCGAGCUCUCCUCGAGCCAGUCCGACCUUCGUUACCAGCGCCCCCCGCACCUCCCUUUCCGCCGCAUCUCCCUCCCCUCUGCGCCCAACCUCCUCCACCGCCAGUCCGUGGUCAGCACGGCCUCUUUCGACUCGCUCCCCGAGGAGGACAGCGCACCCGGGUCCGCCUCGUCCCCGGCCACACCCACCGUCAUAAGGAACGCGACGCGGUCCCCGGGUCGUAGGCCUUCUUCCGUCGACGUCGCACGCAAGGCACGGCGCCGGAGCCAGAUGCGUCUGAUUGACGAGCAUAGAGAAGCGAAGCGGCGGAAGGUCAUCAACGAGUUCUACGAGACGGAGAGGUCGUAUGUGGACGGGCUGGAGCUCAUAUACUCGCAUUUCCUGACGCCGAUUAUCGCGUCGCUGGACACACCACAGCAGCUCCUCGACCGGAACGAGCUCACGUCCAUAUUCUCCAACUUCAUCGACAUCUGGAACCUCCACCGCUCUUUUCACACUUCUCUUUCCACCUUCCUCGACACUUCCUCGUCGGCGCAAGCCGAGGACUCGCCGCCUCCCCUGUCUCCCGUGCUCCUCUCACACUUUCCCUACCUGUCCCUGUACACGCCGUUCGUCUCGUCUUUCUCCGACACCCUCGCGUCGUAUACAGCGCUGCUAAACAGCCACUCUGCGUUUGCUGCUUUCAUAGCUCAGCAGGAAGCGGACCCGCGCUGUGGUAAACUCAAGUUCCGAGACUGGCUACUGACGAUCGUACAGAGAUGUCCGCGGUACCUGUUGCUCCUCAAGGACCUCAUCGGCUGCACAGACCCCGAGGAUCCGGAGUACGCCCAACUGACAGCCGUGCACACGCUCGUCUCGAGGAUCACGUCCUCGCUCAACGCGUCCCUGCACACGCAUGCCCAGACCCUCGCGCUCCUCGCGCUCCAGCGCAACACCGCGAACCUCCCCUUCAAGCUCAUCUCGCCGGGGCGCACCUUCCUCAAGCGCGCGCCGGUCCUGCAGCUCGAGGGCUCCAUCACGCGGGAGCGCGAGUUUCUGCUCUUCUCCGACUGCCUCCUCUGGCUCGCGGGCGCGGACGGCGAGGGCCUCUCGGACAGGUGGGGCGGCGAGCCCUCGCCAACCUCGCCUGCGCGCGCGCCGCUGAUACGCACGCGCAGCAAGAGCGACGCGGAUAUGGCCGGCGCGGCGGAGGCGAUGAAGCGGAAGGAGAGUGUGCUGAAGUUUAGGCUGAAUGCGAGCCCGGUGAAGAAGAAGGCGCGGCACGCGAGCAGUGGGACGGACGAGCGGUGGGUGUUUAAGGGGUAUGUGGAUUUGGUGGACGUGGAGGUCGUGGUGCCGCCUGCGAGGGAGGUGGGUGAUGAUAGACGGUUGGAGAUCUUGAGCCCGCAGCAGUCGUUCGCUGUGUAUACUGCGAACGAGGAGGAGCGAGAUGACUGGUGCGCGGCCAUCCGGAACGCGAAGGGCUCGCUCCUCGUCUCGCUCAACGUCAUGCAGCCGAACUCGACCCUCACGUCCUCGUCCUCGACGAACCAUCUUCGGCGCACGCUCCAAGCACUGCCGUACGCACCCGAGGAGAACGAGGUCAAGCCGAAGAGGGGUCGCGUCGAUCACUUCGUGCCGGCUAUAUGGAUACCGGACGGGAAGACGCAGAGCUGCAUGAGAUGCGUUUGUGGGAGCUGCUCCGGCAAGACAUUCUUCAUACUGGACGACAGCGUCAGGGACAGCAAGGACUCGCACAAACCCGCACGCGCAUGUGACGCCUGCUACGAUACGGUCUUCCCCGUCCUCGACCCGUCCAAGUGGUCCACCUCUCCCCAUAGCAUCGGUGCGGGCGCGACGCACUCCCACCUCACGCUCUCCGGGCUGAAGAGCAUGCCCUCCCUCAUCCUCGGCGACAACCGCAUGUCGUCCUCCGCCGCGCUCCUCGCCGUCGACCUCGAGCUCGAGAGCCCGAAGCGCGUGCUCACACGUAUCGAGGACGAGUCCACCUUCGGCGGCGCAGGCGCAGACGGCGACGAACCCGACCCGGACGGCGCGCCCGCCGUGCCCGCGAUACGCAUCCGGCCCACCGCGCGCCCGCGCAGCUACGUGCAGAUACUAGAGGACUUCCAGGAGCACGCGCACGGGACGCCCAGCUCGAGCAGGACGCGCUUCGGCACGCCCGCGGGGGACGAGUCUGCCCUCGACGAGCGCGAGCAGGGCGGGCAGGUGCUGGAGGUGCCCGCGCACGACGGCGCGUCGGUGGCGGCGGCGGACGCGCCGAGCCGCGCGGGCUCGAGCCUCCCGCCGACGCCGCGGAAGGAGAACACGGCGCGCCGGCACAAGCGGUUCUCCCUCCCCGCGGUCGCGCUCCAGACGAGCCCGGUGACGGCGCGGCCCAAUGUGGUCGGCGAGGGGAACGCGCGGAGGUUCUCGCUCGUGCUCGGCCGCGGGUCGGGCGUGCAUGCGGCGGAGGCGAGCGGGUUCAGGGACGGGCUGGCGGCGGGGAAGUUGAGCGAGCUGCUGAGUCGGGUGAGGAGCUGA